UAUUUUCCAAACAAUGAAUGAAUUUUUGUUAGAUACUGUACAAAGAGCUAAUCAAUACUGAUGUGCUAUUAUUCUGUCACACUGAGUUGAGCACAAUUCCACAAUUGAUUUCCAUUGAAAUAUGGUUGCUUUUACUAACAUGCUAACUAACUGUUUCUGUUAAUAACAACAAUAAUGAUGAUGAAACUAUUUAAUAUUAAAUAUAAAUAUUUCUUGCAAGUCAAAACCAGCAUAUUCUGCUUUGCUUAAGGACAGACGCUGGGUGACUUGAUAUAUUUUAAUGAAGACUUUCACAGCUCACUGAUUCACAAAUUUCAUUUCCUCUACGUCAGAAACAUCAAUGUUAUUUGCUGAUCCCCAGUCUCAGGUCACUUCUUUGUUCAAAUUGGAACGCAGUUGAAAAAAUAACAACAGAUAUGUUUCUGCUCCAACACACAAACUACCACCCUACUGGGCCCAAUGGAAUACUGUGUGUCUGCUGUGGGCUAUAAAAGCAGGUCUGACUUUCCCCUUUCUGCAGCACUGAACAAGAACACUAUAGUUUGGCUCUUCAGUGGGUAAAGGAGGUGAAUUUUCAACAGACAGAAGCAGUCGGGAAGAGCCAUGAGCAAGUUGCUUCUCCUGGUUUCCUCUUUGCUAGUCUUAAUCCUGCCAUCGUCGAGCGAAUGCCACCCCGCUGAUGUCCCCAAGCAACAGAGCCGAAGAGUCCCCAGCACAGGCUACGAGCUCUGGGCGAAGCCACCGCGUCCAGAGCUGCCGACCGAAAACGAAGACCUGAUCCCCGAUGCAGACGAUGAGCUGGCACUGGAAGAGGACGCCCCACUGACGAAGAGGGGGCUAUCUCGCAUGUGCGCCGCGGGGGGCCCAAAGACGAGCUCAGAGGAGAUCAGGGACGAGCAGGACGAAGUGCGGUCGAAGAGGCUUGACGCCAAAGGCAAACCCAACUCCCUCGAUCUAACUUUCCAUCUGCUCCGAGAGUUCCUAGAAAUGGCUAAAGCUGAAAAGAUGGCCCAGAAAGCUAUGAGUAACAAAAAACUAAUGCAAGCCAUAGGAAAAUAAUGGUUGGAAUAAUUGCUAUUCAUAAUUUACAACAGUCAGAUUUUAAUGGGGUCAUAUAACAAGAUACUUGUUUAAUAUACCAGCUCUAUUCUCCCUGCUGAAUGUAAAAAGAAAUCUUGAAGUGCAGUAUUUAAUAUAUGAUUUUAAAAAUGUAGACAUUAAAAAUGCAACUGUGAAUUGUAUGAAUAUUAUAAUAUUAUACUUCUUUGGGAUUAAUAGUUGCUGUUAUGAUUCCAGUUUUUGAAAUCACAAGUUCAAAUCAAAUAUUUUGAUACAGAGUGUUUAUGGCAAAAACAGAUUGUUAAAACUGAAUGUAUUGUGAAAAAGUUGAGCAAGCUAUAUUAGUAUCAGUUUCAAAUCUAGGCACUAAGAUUAAGAAAGAAAAUAAAAUGUCAACACUACAAAUUUGUCUUACAUGACUGUUCUUAGUUGUUAUCUCCUUUUGGACCAACAUGUAGAUAUGAUAAUUGCACACUAUUCACAUCUGUGUACUUACUAACAAAUAAAUACAAAAUCAAAAUUAAACUUACAUAAUGAAAUCCAAAACACUAUGACACAAAAGUCUAUUUUUUCUUUAUUUGCAGUUUUCUUUUUCCUGUCAAUUGCAAAUUUACUGCAAAAUUCUAUAACAAUUUCUAUUUUAAUCUAAUUCAAUGGAACACCUUCAGACAUGAAUGUAGCAGAAAUAAACAUGAAUGUGCUGGUAACAGCUUUGUAGCUAAAAUAAACUAGAGCUCAAAGCAGGCAUUAAUUAUGCUGGAGCUCAGAUAGUAAAACAUUUAAUUAAUGAGUUUAAAAGACCACUGAUAUAUAUAAAUAUAUCGCUACAGCUAAAAAAAGAAUGUUUAAUGCAAUCAAGAUACAAAUAAUCAAAAGUGCAUGUUAAUUUUAAGACAUGAAAUCAACAAAACCACUUCAUCCUACACAAUAUUCCACAUUCUGCUUUUUUUCUUUCAUUCACAAGUCACAUAAGUUAACCAAAAUGUGCUUGAUUCUCUUCUGUGUUGAUAGUACCAUUUUACAACUUCACGUUUUUCCUCAAUAAACCCACAUCAACUCAGCUACA